UUUACACAACGACGAAAUAAACAACACGUUCAUGUGUACCGGAAGUACGUAACAAACGGCCUGUCAUAGUGAAAGUAGAGAUUGGAAAGCGUCGCUGUGGCAAGUGCAGUGUUACCAGCUUUAACUCAAGAAACAAAGAUGGUGGAUGUGUCUCAGUAUGUGUUGCCCACAGAGACUAAGGUAGCGUUCUUGGACUGUGAAACGGCCUUCAAAGGACUGACUGACAAGGAGAAACUCUACGCUCACUACAUAUCACAGGCCUCCUGGUACGGUGGGCUCAUUUGUCUGUUCCAGACCUCACCUGAAUCCCCUGGUACAUAUUUGUUAUUUCACAAACUGUUUGGGAGCCAGUCUGUUGAAGAGCUACAGUCUGCAGCAGAGGCACAGGGUGUGACGAAAGAUGAGUUUCAUGCUUUUCUUAUCUAUGCAGCAGGAAUUUUAUCAAACUCUGGAAACUACAAAUCAUUUGGAGACAGCAAAAUCAUUCCAAAUCUUCCCAAAGAAAAGUUUGAGAAGAUUUUGAUGAGUAGUAAGGCAGCAAAGGAAAUCCAAGGUGUAUGGCAGGAGAUCUCAGAGAGAGUUUACUCACUGGUGGACAGGCAGAGGGAACUUGGCCUGGGGAAAAAGGGAACCACCACAUAUUAUUCCAGUAAUUGUGAUCUGGUGGAUGCUAAAGUGGCACAGGAAUUCAUGAGUGCCAAGGACAUCAGUCCCUACAAUACCAGGUUGUUUAAAACCCAGGAAAAUGGGAAAGUUGUUUAUGAGGUACGACUGGCCAGUUCCAGCUCUGCAGAUGGUGAUCUCCCAGGGGUAGGGGCUGUUCUAGGAUCCCAUGACUUCACUCCCAAAGAAACAGGCACUCCCUGUGUGUUUAAAGUAACAAGGGGAGAUUACUCAGAUCUGAUGGCUCUAGUGGUGGAGAAUUUGACCAAAGCUGAGAAAUAUGCUGUUAAUGAGAUGGAGAAGAAGAUGUUGAGUGAAUAUGCGAAAUCCUUUACAACAGGCUCAAUACCCCAGCACAAAGAAGGAUCUCGGUAUUGGAUCAAAAACAAAGGGCCCAUUGUAGAAACAUAUAUUGGCUUCAUAGAGUCUUACAGGGAUCCUUUUGGACUGCGUGGUGAAUUUGAAGGCUUUGUGGCAGUGGUCAACAAGGAGAUGAGUGCCAAGUUUGCUGAACUGGUGAACCAGGCGGAGCACCUGCUCCCUCUCCUGCCCUGGCCGGCCGCAUUUGAGAAAGACAAGUUCUUACGUCCAGACUUCACUUCUCUGGACGUCCUUACAUUUGCUGGUUCAGGAAUUCCUGCAGGAAUUAACAUUCCUAACUAUGAUGACAUUCGACAAGAUGAAGGUUUCAAGAAUGUUUCUCUGGGUAAUGUGCUUACAGCUGGCUACAAGGAGGAUAAAGUUAGCUUUCUGGACCCAAAAGAUGCUGAAUUAUUUAUCAAGCUGAAGAUCCAGUCUUUUGAGGUACAGGUUGGUCUCCACGAGCUCCUAGGACAUGGCAGCGGGAAAUUGUUCAUUAAGAAUGCUGAUGGAUCCUACAAUUUUGACCAAGAAUCGGUGGUUAAUCCAGAGACCAAGGAAAAGAUAACAGACUGCUACAAUGAGAACGAGACUUGGGACAGCAAGUUCUCUGUCAUUUCAUCGUCUUACGAGGAAUGUCGUGCAGAAUGCGUAGGAAUAUAUCUCUGCCUCAGCACUGAUGCACUCAGGAUCUUUGGCUACACAGACGAUUCAGCUGAUGACAUUAUUUACGUGAACUGGUUGUCGAUGGCUCGGUCAGGAUUGCUUGCUCUCGAGUUUUACUCACCUGAGACUGGUGCUUGGAGACAGGCCCACAUGCAAGCCAGGUUCUGUAUCCUGAGGGUGAUGCUGGAGGCCGGUCAGGGUCUGGUGACCAUCACCAAGACGACAGGGGAUGAUGGGAAGGAGGAUAUCCUGCUGAAGCUGGACAGGUCGAAGAUCAUCGGAGUCGGCAAACCGGCCAUCGGAAACUUCCUUAGAAAGCUUCAGGUUUACAAAUCUUUGGGUGAUGUUGAUUCUGGAAAGAAGAUGUACGAUUACUACUCGGACGUUCACGAUCGGGAAGAGCCACAUUUCUUGAGUCUGCGCAGUACUGUUCUAGACAGAAAACAGCCACGGAGGAUGUUUGCUCAACAUAACACUGUACUUGAAGGAGACAAAGUGGGACUGAAGAACUACGAAGCCACAGCCUCAGGCCUGAUUCAGUCCUGGAUGGAGCGAUUCCCCGCGGGGGCGGACCUCGACCAGAAACUGACCAACUUAUGGCAGAAGGAAAAGCCCUUCUUCACGGAUUAAUACAUUCUCCAAGACUGUGGCGGGCCAUUCAGUGGCGACGCUAUCCCGUGAUUAGUGCUUAGAUUAACAAUUUGUACUGUAGGGAGAAAAUCAAUGCUAUAUUUUACACAGACUCAUAAAAUAAUCCGCAGAAAAAUCCUGUACAAAUUUCAUUUUGUCCUUACUCGUAGGGAUGCAAUAAAGAAAUUGGAAUCUCA